UGAAAAAUCAAUGGACAGUGCUUAGAUAUAGUGCAAAUUCACUAAUUGAUGAUGAUAAUAAUGAAGAUGAGAAAGAUAGUAAAGUUAAUAUUAUAAAUAAUGAUGAUAAUAAUGAUAAUGAUGAUGAUAAUGAAGAUGAUGACAAUGAAGAUGAUGAUUAUGAAGAUGAUGAUAAUGAAGAUGAGGAAGAUGGUAAAGUUGAUAUUAUAAAUAAUGAUGAUAAUGAUAAUGAUGAUGAUGAUGAUGAUAAUGAUAAUAAAGAAGAUGAUGAUAAUAAUGAUGAUGAUAAUAAUAAAGAUGAUGAUAAUGAAGAUGAUAGUGAUGAUAAUGAAGAAGAUGAGGAAGAUAGUGAAGAUGAUAGUUAUGAAGAGGAUGAAGAAGAUGG